GAAGCUAAGAAGAUGCCGAAGCGUAUCAGCGCAAGACAAAGUUGUCUUGUGGACCCCUAGACUACCUCUUUCGGAGGAAGAUCGAAUUUUUCGUCUGAGAGGCCACUCCAAGACCUAAUUGACAGACAGACACAGAGAAUUUGUGAAUGAUUUGAUCGAUCGGAAGUAGAGUUGUGGAGGAUUUGGAGCUGGUCGAUCGAUCGAUCGGUGAGGAAAUCAUGGCGACGAUUGUGAAGCAGUUGCAGACCAAAGCGGUGCAAGCUACGCACAUAGUGCAGAAGCAUGGCAGUGCGUACUACAAGCAGCUGUUGGACCAAAACAAGCAGUACAUUGCUAGCGAGCCCACUGUUGAGAAAUGCCAGGAGCUUUCCAAGCAGCUUUUCUACACUCGCCUCGCCAGUUUGCCGGGACGCUACAAAGCUCUUUGGGAGGAGGUCGAUUAUGUCAAGAAGAAAGUGUUGAAUCGAAAUGAUUUGAAGCUAGAAGAAGUUGGUAUUGCUGCAUUAUUCGCUGGAGAAUGUUAUGCUUGGUACUGUGUUGGAGAGAUUGUAGGACGAGGAGGUACAAUCACCGGAUACAAAGUCUGAAAUAUUUUACUUUCGGGACUCAUGGACAAUACCAGCCAGCCGGAGCUCGCAUUUUUGGUAAGCCAACAAUUAGGUCCUGUGGAUUGAACAUCGUCGACAGACCAUGUUUCAUAGUAUUAGACUGCUGACAUGGGUUGAAGAGGUACCUCAGAGAUGGGUAAUUGAUGUAGGUAAGGGACAGAAUGGCUCACUUGAUCGCAUCAAUCCUCGAGAGUACGGUCGGUAUUUAGCCAUUAUAUCUUAUGCUCCACUGUUCAAUCAGAAGUGUCUAUAACAAGUGGGUAGGAUAAUACAUCUUGCAAUAAAGCCCUUUGGGGUAUAUUCAAACCAUAUCAUUACCAUUUAGAGUAUUUUGCUCUGUUUAGUGUAUAGCUCGGAGGAAGCCUUUUUGCCAGGAAUAAAAGAGAGCACGUUUUGAAGU